GAAUGAGAUAAUUCCAUGACCCCCCCGUUCUUCUAUAUAACCCUACGAUUGGUAAAUUUUGACUAGUUUUGAAGUCCGCAAAGAAUUCAAUACUGGAAAUCCCCCAAAAUAUAUACCCUAAAUUAAUUGUAGGAUUUUCUAGGGUUUUUCGAAUCUCCGAUCACAUACCAAAAACCCUAACUCCUGUCUUUCUUUUCUGCGUUUGAAGUUUUUUUUUUUGUGUGUUUCGAUUUACUGGCGAUGGCGGAGGAGGAAAUUGAGUACGAGAGCGAUCCGGAGGAGGCGAAGCUGUCGUUGAAGAUGCGGCGGAGAGAGGCGAGCGACGACGAGGAGGGGGAGGGAGGGGGGAAUCGUAGGGAACAACCGCCGAGGAGGAUUGACGACUCCGAUGGGGAAUCUCAAGGGGCUGCGGCGGAGUACGAGGAUGAAUUGGAGGAGGAGGAGGAAGAUUAUGAUUUGGAUGAAGAGUAUGUGGAGGAGUUGGAGGCGGAAGUGGCGGUGGAGUAUCGAGCGAGCGGUGGCGGUGGGGGUGUGGAGGCGGUGGCAGUUGAAAGAAUUGUGGGUGCGAAAGAAGUUGCUGUUGUUGACGGAGAUCUGGCGGAGGAGAAGAAGGGAGGAAGUAUUGGUGGUGGUGAGAUGAAUGAUGAAAACAACAAUGUUGCCGAGGGUCAGCAUGAGGAGGAGAGGAAGGAAAUUGAGCCUUUCUCUGUGCCGACAGCGGGGGCAUUUUAUAUGCACGAUGACCGAUUUCGCGACAAUGCUGGUGGGCGACAUAGGCGAACGCUUGGUGGAAGAAAAUUAUGGGAAUCUAAAGAUGAUAGGAAAUGGGGACAUGAUAAGUUUGAAGAGCUUACUAUUCAGGAAAGGCAUCACGAGGAGCCUAGAAGAGGUUCUCGGGGUCGUCAAAGAGGCCGUGGUAGAAACAGAGGCACAGACCAUGGAUAUGCUCAAGGAAAUACACCCAGAGAAUACAACAAUAAUAACACCCAGAAUAGUAACAAUCAGAACAAUAGUUCUAAAAGUGUCAGGGGACGAGGACCUCGAAGGUAUCAGCCAUCUUCUAAGACCAAUAAUGAGGCGCCUAUCACCCGAAACAAACAACCUGGGAAAUUAGUCGAGAAGGAACCUGUGUCUAAUGCAAAACCUAACGUGGUUCAGCCCAGAAAACAAGUCGCCUCCAAUUUGAGCAUUGCUUCUCCUCCAUUUUAUCCCACUGGUUCCUCCACCAAAGAUAACACCGUGCCACUCAAGGGGGGUGCCCAAGCUGGCACAGCUCAUCGAAAUGGUCAGCAAUCAGUAGCGGAUGAGAGAUUCUCUAUAGCACAAUCCAAUGCCACGAUGCGAGGAAAGAAUAUAGUAGACUCUAUCCAUAUGGAUAAUCGUUACAUUGAUAAUUCACCUUCUGCAAUGACUGGGAAGCCUUCAAACACUAUGCAGAUGCCACUAUCUGGCUCCUCGUCUGUUAGCUAUGGUCAACCUCAGUUGAGGGGUCAAGGUAGAGGGGUAACUAACUCGCCACAAAUGGCCUACCAACCAGUCAACAGGGUUCCUCCACCAAACCAGUUACAAAAUUUCCAGAAAAAUCCUGGUCAAGGCCGUGCCCAAUCUUCAGUUCAACAGUUUACGCAACGUUAUCCUAGUGGACCACAAGCUCUUUCUCCACCUAAAGCUGCUGGGGCUGGGAAUGCAUUUGAAUCUGGAGAGCUGGAAUCUGCUUCAGAAUCCAAGAGUGCAUUGGUUGCUAAAGGAAAAGGCAGUGUGCAAGGCAGUGGAAAAGGCUCCUUCAUGUAUGGUGGAACUCAGCUUAUGGGAGUUUCUGGAAAUAUGGGGAGUGGUCACGGUGAUCAAAACUUUCCUGCUUUCUUGCCAGUCAUGCAAUUUGGAGGCCAGCAUCCUGGCGGAAUGGGCGUUCCAGCUGUUGGCAUGGCCUUUCCUGGAUAUGUUGGUCAACCACAAGGGCUGGGGAGUUCGGAAAUGACUUGGCUACCCGUUUUAGCUGGUGCUGCUGGAGCAUUGGGUGCACAAUAUUGUCCUCCAUAUAUUGUUGAUGGCUCAUAUAAUGCUCGUCCGACUGGACAGACUAAUAUAGCAGCUGCUUCAAGCAAAGAAAAUAAUUCAGCAAAAGUUGGUAAUGAUUGGAAACCUGCACAGAGGCCUGAGCUUGCAAACAACGACUUUGGGCAGAGGCAAAAGAAUCCUCGCAGAUACACGGAGAUGAAAUUUGACCAGUGAAGUAACUAGUUAGCUGGAAUCCCAUUGGAAAUUAGCCGAUAAAAUAAAAUAAAAAUAUAUAGAGUCGGUGUCUCUUCCAUCUGUUUGGUGUAGCGGAGUUUCUUGGGUGUGGUUUUGCUGAAGGCCUUCUCCUAAGGCUGCCCUCUGAGUUCUACAGAUCUUGAUCUGGAGCACUUUGGGCUACUGCGUAUUCUGAUGUAAUUUAGGUGUCUGAAGAAACGCCUGAUCAUGCUGCUUAAAUUUAGGAAGAACUCUGCAGCUUGACGGGUGGCAAUUCCUUGUUCUUUUAUGAUGUUAUCGUUGUGCAUUAGUCUUUUUUUUCGUGAAGCUUGCAAGAAUAUUUGAAAAAAAAAGGUAAUCGAAUAACAAAGUACACUAUGUGCAGCCUCUGCUUCCUUAGUUUCUUCUGUUCUUUUUAAUGUUUGUUGGGUUAUUAUUUUCAAUCUCAUCAAGGUAUUAUUGAAGACACAUCUUUUAACUGGUUUUUUUAUUAUAUUUUUUCGUAUGAGAAACUGAAUGGUCUUUGUGUUAAUAUAUGUAUGUAUUUGGGUUGAGAAUAAAUUGCUGCUGCUUCCUCCUGGUUUUGUUCAACUAUUAAACAUUUUGAUGAGAAUUUAUUCCAUUUUCUUU